AUUCAGAACCGCCAUCUUGCUAUUCGUACGGCACAUCCUCCCCUUUUCAAUUUGCACGGAGAGGGUUUCAAGGCCGUAAAAAGGGUCGCCCGGCCCUCACAUUCAGUUUCAGUGGCGAAAGGCACGCUGAAUUUGCAGCCAUGUCAAAACAAAGCAUAAUGGACCGCGUAACAGCGGCGAAACACAGCCUGGCAGGGCAAGGAUUGGCCAAGGUUGUAUGUAAAGCUACGACAGAAGAGGUGAUGGGCCCUAAGAAGAAACAUUUAGACUACUUAAUACAGUGUACCAAUGAACCCAAUGUCUCAAUCCCACAACUCGCAGACUUACUCAUUGAGCGCACUCAGCAACAGAGCUGGGUCAUCGUCUUCAAAGCCCUCAUCACAACUCACAAUCUCAUGAACUAUGGAAAUGAGAGAUUCACCCAGUAUCUGGCCUCUAAUAAUUGUUCCUUUAACCUUGGUCAGUUUAUUGAUAAACAGGGAGUUCAAGGUUAUGACAUGUCAACAUUCAUACGACGAUAUUCCAAAUAUUUAAAUGAAAAGGCUGUUUCCUACAGACAAAUGGCGUUUGAUUUUUGCAAAGUCAAAAGAGGCAAAGAUGAUGGAUUGCUGAGAACAAUGAAUGCAGACAAGCUUUUGAAGACCCUGCCAGCCCUACAGAAACAGCUGGACUCGUUGCUAGAGUUUGAUUGUGCUCCCAAUGAGCUCACCAACGGGGUCAUCAACGCCUGCUUCCUCCUGAUGUUCAAGGAUCUGAUUCGUCUCUUUGCCUGUUACAAUGACGGAAUUAUUAACCUACUAGAGAAAUACUUUGAUAUGAAUAAAAAGCAAUGUAAGGAUGCAUUAGAAAUUUACAAGAGGUUUCUGGUCAGGAUGGACAAGGUCUCCGAAUUCCUGAAGACAGCUGAGAAUGCCUCCAAAAACCCCCAGCAGAGUGUUGGUAUUGACAAGAGUGAUAUUCCUGACCUAGCCAAGGGCCUGAAGAACAAUGCUAAUUCAGCCCCUUCUAGUCUCCUUGAUGCCUUAGAACAGCAUUACCAGUCCCUGGAAGGGAAGAAAGGGGUGACAACUCCUGUCAGUGGCUCAAAUUUGUAUAUACCUGCACCCGUGGGGUUUGCUGCGGCCAUUAACACCAUUUCUAGUAACACACCCACAAUCAAUGUGUCGGAGGAAGAGCGACAGCGGAUUUUAGACGAGGAAAAUGCUCGCCUUCAGCAGUUAAAGAAGGAACAGCUUGGCAAGAGCACUGCUGACUCUCCAAAUCAGGAGCAGAGAAUGAAAGAACUCGGGCAGUCACCUCAGCCUAACCCCUCAGCAACAAAUCCGUUCGCAACGCAAACACCAAAUGGGACGAGCGAUUUGUUCGGGUCACCCACAAAGUCGGCAGCACCCCAGAAGGCUAGCGACGACCUUCUUAGUUUGUCAGGAAACCCCUUUGUACAGAACGUUCAAAACGUCAUGGCGAUGCAGAAUGCCACACAAGCGAUGAGUCAGCCCAACUCGUUUGCUCAGUGGAAUAGCGCCCCAGCUACCAGCGUUCCCGCAUCGAGCAGUAUGUUUACAUCCGACGUUGACUUUGAGAAAGUGUUUCCCAACCAGUCAUCCAACACCUCCGCUGGACUACUAACCGAUGCUACAGGUCUCUUAGUUCCUCAGACCUCGGAAAAACCAGCUUUUCCUGGACCUCCCAUGCCGACUAGUCCAGCUCUCCAUCAGAGGAGUUUAACUCCAACCAUGAAUGAGUCAGCACCGGGCCGCCUAAGUCCCGCCCUCAUCUCUUCUGACCAAUCAGGAUUUGAUGCCUUUGGGGAGGUCCUAAAACCAACCUCCAAUGUUGGGAUGAACAGCGCCACACAAGAAAAACUCAUCAACAAAGAUCUGGAUUCCAGUCUGUCACAGCUAGCUGGAAACCUCAACAUCAAAGGGUCAGCGUCGCAGGUCAAAAAACAACAACAUGACUGGCAACCGAAGGGUGAACAGAAGAAGACGGGUGGUCAGAGCUGGCAGGGGCUACCCCCCAACAUCUCUUCCUCUACCUGGACCUCACCCAGCUACGGACAGCCCAUGGUAAAUAGUCAGUCCAAUAUGACAACACAGUCUACAAUGAUAAACUCUCAGCAGCCUCCGAUGAUGGCACCAGUGAUGGGAUACAAUGUUCAACCAAUGAUGCAGCAACCAGGCAUGAUGGGAGUGAGGCCAAUGGGAAUGCAGCCCGCCAUGGGAAUGCAGCAGCCAAUAGGAAUGCAACCUGCUAUGGGUAUGCAGCAACCCAUGGUGUUUGGCAUGCAACCUGCCAUGGGAAACAUGAUGUCACAGCCGCGCCCACCCGCACAAACCAAUCAGGAUCCAUUCGGAGCGUUAUGAGAUUCCAUUAGUAACCAUAAUUCAGGGAGUCGUAGUCAAAUGAGUGUUUGUGAACCAGAAAUAGGCAGGGAUCAAGAAUGUGUGUCAUCACCAUGGCAACCAUCAACUUCAACAUUCCUAUUCAAUCCAUAUCUGAUCUAUGCAUGUGAAAAAAAAAAUACACUACAAAAUUUGAUUGAAUCUGACAGGGACAGAACAAUAUCAAUUACAUCACAGUGACAAUAAGAGGUCAAGAAUAAAAACACUUGACCUUUGACCCCACCAGUUGUAGAAUGACAAACUCCACUCAUGAAAUUAUAAGCCUAGUCAUUCAGUGGUGCAAUCUUAAGUAACUGUGGUGAUUGCGAAGUAAGCGACUGAAGCACUACCUUUUAUCUUAUUGGAAAUGGUACCACUCAGUUUUAAUCAAUGUUUAUAAAAUCUUCUUGUUAUCAACAAGUUGAAUUUCAAAUUUGUUCUAGAAAAUCUAGAUUGUAAAUAAUCAUGAGGGAAGUGAAUGAGAUUGAAAGAAUGGUUGUGUUUAUUUUCUGUUGGCAUGGUAACUGUGUUGCCAUGAUUUUGUUAUGGUGAUUAUCUGACAUGAUGACUUCUUAGAUGUAUUCAUUUAGGUUGUUUCUUUCUGAAAUGUGCAGGCUUAUCAUGAUUUUACAGACACUAUGAGGACCUUCAGAAGAUAUAUAUUGGCAGUGUGUUUAUUAGAUAGUUGUAUUUAUUUGGAAUUAAGCACACAAUGUAUUGAAUGGUAGAUGGCUGUUCCUUUGUACACCCUUGUAAGAAUUACUGUAUGAGUGCUAAGCAAAUUUCACUGUUAUGUUUAUUUGUUACAUGUGUAUCGUAUGUGUUAUUGUAAAGUCAAUGGGAAGUAUUCUUAUUUGUUGAAGUUUCCUGGCCUAAUAAUGCCAAGAAAACAUUUAAAAUCAUUAAUACACACAUAUAGUAUAUAUCCAUGUAUUAUUCAGUGUUGUAAGGACCAUUAUAGAACUGUAUGGGCUGAUUUUCACAGAUGACGGGAUACACACAGUGUAUAGGGGCAGUUUUUAGUCCUUGGCACACUAUUGUAUGCAUGGAAGUUGCCAGCAUCACUUGUUUCCAAAUUGUGGUUGAAACAUGACACAUUCCAAACCCAGCUUCUGUCUAUGUGAUAAUACAACUGUAUAAAUUGCCCCGCUCUGACGGCACAGAAAACUUUAUCAAAGUAUUAAUGAUGCACAAGUGUUAAUGACUUCUCAGAACAAAAAAACAGAUUUUUUUUCAUGUGGAAUAAUUAAGGCAUUUUGAAGUUACAUUUAUUAGAAGCAAUUGUAAAAACAAAUGGGAAAAUGUCUGCUAGCAAAGCAGAAAGUUGCAAAAGCUUACAUGUAACAAUUAAUGAAUUGGUUAUUCAGGGGGAAAGUUGGUAUAUUCUCGUACUAUAUAUAGACAAGGAGAAAUUGAUAAGAGUCAAAAUUGACGAUUUUACAGUAUUUUUGUUUCUCAUUAUUCUUGAAAUCAAAAAUAGCACUUCAGCUUUAUAAGUUUCAAUUUGAAAAAAAAGACAGAAUUUAAGCCAUGUUGCUGUGUGGAAUCUCUGAUGACAAUCAGCCAAUAUUGAAUGACUGAUCAUGCCAUAAAUCUAUGUGAUAACAUGUCAGCCGUGUGGAGUACAUAAUAUACAAUCUGUGACUGUGUUUCCAGUCUUUUGGUAGGAAACUGUUUCUGUUGACCAGAUGUAGUAGUUCCUCUAGACACAAUAAACUCAUGCUGCAUCUCCA